GCCGUGUGGAGAAUGUUUAACCGCCUGACACUCGUGAUGUACAGACUAUAAGGAGUAAGUAGAGACAAGUAGAACAUAUUGCCAAGGCCGAAUAAUAUGUACCUAUCCGUCAACUGUCACAUUUAGCUGUCAUAGUAGAUCGGGUAAACUUGCAUUUGAACAGCUGAAAUAAGAAACAAUUAUGAAUGAAAUGACAAAUAAUAUGGAAACUUUAAGAGAAGGAUCAGCGAAAGACAAUCGAAACGAAACAGAUGUCAUAUUAGAAGAUAAAACUUUAGUUGAGGGCCCUAGUGCUUUGUACACAUUAAUUGUCGAGGAACCGGCACAAUCGGAUGACAGUUCAAGUUACAGUAUGACGUUGAGCGAGUUUGAAGAAGACAGAUGGUAUAAUCCGACAUCGUUGCCUGAUGACGCAGCUGAAAUAGAAAGCAUUCAGAGAUUGAUUAAAUACAUACGAGUAGGAAAUCAAACGGCUACGGCAAUAGCAUUGGCUGCGUUGGUAGACUACAAUCUACGUGACGAGUGCACGCAAAGUAUUGUGAUUGCUACUGGUGGCACAGAGCUUUUAAUCAAUUUAUUAGAAACCGACCACAAUGAAUGCAGACACGGUGCACUAGCAGUAUUAAAUGAAAUGUCAUACAUGUUGGGCACUAGAAGAAAUUUGACAAAUUUAGGUGCUAUUCCAAUUUUAGUGAAGUUAUUGUCUGACCGAUCACUAGACUUACAAAUUCUCUCAGCCGAGACUCUAGCUAACGUAGCAAAAAUAAAAAAAGGCAGAAAAUUCAUACGAAAAGCUGGUGGUAUUAAACUAAUGGUUAACUAUAUGGAUGUACCACAUCAAGUCUUAAAAACUGAAAGUGAAAUGUUACCAGUAGUUCAACAAAAGUUAUUUAGUUUAUUGUGCAAUUGUUCAAAAGCAUUAUGGUCAAUGUCUAAAUCGGAUAAGAAUAAAGAUGUGAUGCGACGAUCUGGAAUCAUACCAGUAAUGGCAAAGCUAUUGACCUCGGUGCAUGAGGAUGUGGUCAGUUCUAUUAUGGGAAUUAUCGUUAAUUGUGCAACACAGCCAGUUUUUCGUACAGCAAUCAAAGAGCAGGGUAUGUUGAUCGAUAUAUUAAAACUGUUGAAAAGUCCGGAUAUUGAAAUGAUGAAUAACGCUGCUACUAUAACGUUCAAUUGUGCCGAGGAUCCCGAGAGCCGAAAAUUGAUCAAAGAACAAGGGGGCCUAAACUCUUUAGUAAAUAUUGUAAAAGUGGAAUCACACAAAUGUGAAACAAAAUUAAUGGCAGCUGCUACGGGCGCAAUAUGGAAAUGCUUGAUGAACCCAGACAACGUGAAACGUCUGGAAGAUAUAAAUGGCAUACACGUUUUAGUAAAACUAUUAGACUCGGAUAGUGAAGAUGUAAUCGCCAAUACGGUAGCAUCUUUGGCGGAAUGCACGAAAAUAGGACGCAACAAAAUCGCUCUGAGAGCAGCCGAUGGUUUAGUACCCAUAAUAAAGCUAUUGCAAGAUACCGGCCAUGAGAGGAUUCUCGUAAAUGUGUGCCGUGUGAUAGACAAUUGUGCGUCUGAUCCACUGUGCAUGGAACAAGUGGUUAGCAAUGAUGGCAUACGUUUAGUAUGGUCCAUGAUGAAAUUUGAUUCCACUCUUGUUCAAUCUACAGCGGGACAUACGUUAGUCACGUUACUAAAAAAUACAAAAGAGUCAAGUGAUAUUAUGCGAUCUCUAGUUACCGGAUUGGUAAUGUUGGUUGAUUUAUUAAAAUCACACGAUACGAGGGUGUUAGCAGCCGCGUGCGCAGUCAUUGGAAUUUUAGCCAAGGAACCCGAAAACUUGGCAAUUCUCACCGAUUACGAUAUUGUACAACGACUAUCUAGUUUGGUGCAUACGAGCAAUUCGGACCUCCAAGCCCAUUUAUCUCGUGCCAUCGGUUCUUGCUGUUUAUUAGAACGCAACUGUCACACGUUUGGUCGACUUGACGUAGUACUACCCAUUUCCAAAUAUAUACAUUCCAAUUCUGAGUUAGUCCGACAGAACGUUACGUUUGCUCUACACGGCCUAUCCGGGGACGCGGCUAAUUGUGUAGCCAUGGAAUCGUGUGGUGUCGUACCAUUCCUUAUGGAGACUAUUGCGUCACGAGAUCCCGAUGUACAAGAGGCUUCAGCUGGAUGUUUAGCAAAUAUACGUAAAAUCGCUUUAAACGCUCGAAGAUUAAAAUGAUAACUAAUAAUAUUAUAUUAUUAUAAUAAGAAUUACAAUAUUUAAAAUUACAAAACAAAAAAUGAAAUCACAGUCUAGAAAACCUUGUUACCAAUAGUCAUACUUAAUUGUUUUAUAUUGUAUUAAAGAUUUUUUUUUUUUAAUGCCUACUUGCCCUAGGUACUUAAAUAUUUACUGUAUUUUUUGCCAUGAUUGUUUUUAUCAAUAUGACUGUUUAAUGUUAUUUUUAAUUUCGUUAAUAUGUAGGUUACUGAACCUAAUGUUAUAUUUUAGGUAUUCAUAUACCUAUUUAUCAACUAUGAAUACUAGUAUUAUUAUUUAUUGUUGUAUCCGUUUGGCU